AUGGUUGCAAUGCGCUCUUUGAUGGUUGCCAGCAGCGUGGCUUUUGCAUUGGCGUGCGAAGAUUUGAACGGUUUCGAUCAGGAUGCGUAUGCUGCAUCGCUGUGGGGCGGUUCCAUUGGCGGUAUGGUAGUGGGAAUCCUGGUGAUCGUCCUGAUGUCACUGCCUUUGUGCUGUGGUGUCUUGAAGCAGUACGGCAAGGUGAUUGGUGCCAUUGGCAUCGUUAUGGGGGUGCUGGCUUUGGUCAUUCCGCUCUUUGGAGCACUGGGCUCGUGCGUGCCCUUCGUGGAUGCAGCAUGCAACGAUGCUUGCACUCCGUGCACAGAUGAGGAAAAGAAGAUCUGGGCCAGUGCUUGCCAAACCCUUGGCAUUGUUUUCGUCUACAUGGUGGUGUUCGGUUGGGCAGCCUGUGUCCUGGGCAUUGUGGGAGCCAGCCUGGCUUGCUGCGUUUGCUGCCAGUGCUGCAAAGCCAAGCUUGAUGAUCCGUGGGUGAAGCAGGGCGCCCCACCAGUUGUUGUGGGAACAGCAGAGGAGCGCGAAAUGCCGCAACGCUGCGAGUCCAAGGCUCCGCCAGGCUUGUCUGCUUGUCGACAGCCAGACAGUGUCCCGGUGGCAACCGAAGUGAGGUUGACUGAGCCAGAUGCUGCGCUUGCCGCGUAUCGCAUGUGUACUUUACCAAUCAGCUUGGCACGAAGGAGGUUCCAAGGAGGGGCUUUGAACGAGAAUUCCUCAAGGGAUCACACGAAUCACGAGGCAUUGCUCUCAGGUUCAGUUGACAUGGCUGCAAUGCGCUCUUUGAUGGUUGCCAGCAGCGUGGCUUUUGCAUUGGCGUGCGAAGAUUUGAACGGUUUCGAUCAGGAUGCGUAUGCUGCAUCGCUGUGGGGCGGUUCCAUUGGCGGUAUGGUAGUGGGAGUCCUGGUGAUCGUCCUGAUGUCACUGCCUUUGUGCUGUGGUGUCUUGAAGCAGUACGGCAAGGUGCUUGGUGCCAUUGGCAUCGUUAUGGGGGUGCUGGCUUUGGUCAUUCCGCUCUUUGGAGCACUGGGCUCGUGCGUGCCCUUCGUGGAUGCAGCAUGCAACGAUGCUUGCACUCCAUGCACAGAUGAGGAAAAGAAGAUCUGGGCCAGUGCUUGCCAAACCCUUGGCAUUGUUUUCGUCUACAUGGUGGUGUUCGGUUGGGCAGCCUGUGUCCUGGGCAUUGUGGGAGCCAGCCUGGCUUGCUGCGUUUGCUGCCAGUGCUGCAAAGCCAAGCUUGAUGAUCCGUGGGUGAAGCAGGGCGCCCCACCAGUUGUUGUGGGAACAGCAGCGCCAGCAUGA